CGUGGGCGUAUCAGGAUGCAGAUGUUUUGCAACAAGGUUGCAAUAAGAUUAUACAAUGUAGAACGUGCCCACUUCUUUUACGUUUGUAAAGCCGGUUCAGUCUGUGUUAUUCGGUCAGAUAAAAUGGCAAACGUCGACCUUGUUAAAGUUGGAGAGAACUUGUUGAAGAGAGGUGAAACUGGAGAGAGUGUGGCGCUCCAGUCUCUCUGGCAGGACCAGCCCGUGGUCUUGUUCUUCCUGCGCAGGUUUGGCUGUCAGGUGUGUCGCUGGAUGGCAACAGAAAUCAGUAAACUGGAACCGGACCUGAAAGCCAAUGGUGUAGCACUGGUGGGGGUCGGACCAGAGGAGUUUGGACUGAAGGAGUUCAAGGAAGGAGGGUUUUUCAAAGGAUCCAUUUAUGUUGAUGAACAUAAGAAAAGCUACAAGGAUUUGGGCUUCAAAAGAUACACAGCCUUAAGUGUGGUUCCUGCUGCUUUGGGGAAGAAAGUACGAGAUGCAGCCUCAAAGGCCAGUGCUGGAGGCAUCCAGGGAAACUUCUCAGGAGAUCUGCUUCAGAGCGGAGGCAUGCUCAUUGUGUCCAAAGGUGGAGAAAAGGUACUAGUGCACUUCAUCCAGGACUCACCAGGAGACCACCUACCUCUUGAGGAUAUUUGCAAGGCUCUGGGUAUCUCAGCCAAUGCAAAGGCAGGACAGAGGCCAGUGUGCAAUGAUGAUGUUUGCACCCGAUGAUGACAGAGAUGCCAGUGGUACCAGAUGAAUAUCUACAAAUCGAAUGGAGAUUCCUCACAAAGUGAACAUGAUAUAUAUUAUCUAAUAUUCCUAAUUUCUUGCAUUUAAUUUGUCACAGUUGCACAAUAUAUUACUGUUUAUCUACAGUAAAAGUGACACUAAUUUCAUAAUCUUUACUUUUAAUGUAAUUAAUAUUUUUAUGAAUUUACAUUUUUUACACUGAUUUUGUCAAAUUAAUCAUUAUUUAUAUGUUUCUAAUUAUAAUAAACAUUUAGAAUUCA